AUGGCCGAGGGAAGAAGAAUCAAACUUCCACCAAAGUCAACCACUAUGGUCAAACCAACAUUCAAAAAGGUCCAAGUCGUUUACUAUCUUUCCAAGAAUGGUCAACUUGAGCACCCUCAUAUCCUAGAAGUCUCACAUUUUGUUCAUCACCAGCUUCGUCUCAAAGACGUGUUGGAGAGACUCAGUGUUCUUAGAGGUAGAGGAAUGCCUUCUCUCUACUCUUGGUCUUGCAAAAGGAUGUACAAGAAUGGAUAUGUGUGGAAUGACUUGGGUGAGAAUGAUGUAAUUUGUCCAUCAGAAGGAGAUGAGUAUGUACUCAAGGCUUCUCAACUCGUACACCACUCGCCAGAUAAACACGAAUCGCAAAUGGCAGUCCCAAAACGCAGCCAGAUAACACCGAAACGACAUACCGAAUUCAACGAAGAGGAAUUAGAUUUUGAAGAAAAGAGAAUAAACUACACAACCACUCCUUCAAGAUGUUCAAGGGAUAUCCUUCCAAAACCCACCAUCGUCACCACACCAUCACCUCCAUCUCCAUCCAAGCGGUUUGAGGACGGCGAUCCUUACCCACCACUGAGUCGUAACUCGGUGCUUCUUCACUUAAUGGCAUGCGGUGGCUCGAUGGGGUUUAAAGGAAAAGCAGCUGAUCAUCAUCAUCAUCAACAACCACCACCCAACACAGCGGCUAGGAAGAGCAGCUGUAGCUCUAGCAGUUUACAUAAAGAUGUUCUGUGUAAGGCGGCGGUGGCGGUGGCAGUGGGUGUAGGUGAGGAAGAUGAGAUAUGUUGCAUGUCGGAGAAUCCACGGUUUGGGAAUUUGCAGGCGGAGGAGAGGGAGUAUUUCAGUGGGAGCAUCGUGGAGACGAUGACGACAGAAGACAGGGUUCAAGUGGAAACCAUGUUGAGCAAGUCAUCAUCUUACAAAGAGGAAAGGAUAUCCAAGACAACAGUGUCAAUGGUGGAGGAUGAAGAGGAAGUGAAGAGAGAGAAAGCUGUGGCAGGGAAAUGUAUUCCAAAGAGAUUUUGUUAA